AUGUUCCGCGCAACGAUAUCAGGACUGAGGGCUGGGGGAAUGCGCCAGUUCAUCAGAGCUUCUCAAACUACGAUUCAAAAUACGACAUCUACAAGAUCAGCUAUUCUGCGCAACCUGCCACAGCGACCUAUAACUACAUUUACCUCUACUCCUAUAAAUUCUCUCCGCUCAAAAUCCCGUCCGCAGACUACCAAUUUUACAUUCUCCUCGAAUCCGAGACCGUCUUCGGAAACAUUGUUCCAACGUCUUCGCACAAGAACAAAUAGAUACUUUCACAAUUCAAGACCGAGGAGGAAUGGAGAAGCAAAGCCUGAAAAUUUGGGGGAUGAUACCAGUCUAUCAGGGAGAAUGAAGAAAUUGAGUAGAGAAUAUGGGUGGAGUGUGGUGGGAGUCUAUAUCUUUUUAUCUGCGGCGGAUUUUCCAUUUUGUUAUUUGUUAGUCAGGACGCUGGGAACGGAUAGAAUUGGUGAAUGGGAACACACAAUAACCUCCUCCAUCAAAUCCAUAAUCCCCGAAUCCAUCAAAACCACUUUCCACGAAUGGCGUGUCGCCAUGCAAAAAGCCUCACACGAUGUUACCGGAUCCGACAAGCUGGGCGACGGAGUAGAAAUGGCAGGAUGGGGUGUAGAAGAAGCAGAAAUGGCAGGAUGGGGUGUAGAAGAAGCAGAAGAGCGCAAUAAAAGGGAUGCUAGUCUAGGUACUCAACUGGCUCUCGCUUACGCGAUCCAUAAAUCGUUUAUUUUUAUUAGAGUGCCGUUGACGGCGGCGGUGACCCCGAAGGUUGUGAGGACGCUGAGGGGUUGGGGAUGGGAUAUUGGGAAGAGAACGACUAAGGAAGCAAAGAAGAUCGCGGCGGUGAAACAUGCGGCUCAACCGGCGAAACCUCUUAGGACGAAGGUUAAGAAGGUCUUUCAGACGAGGAAGAAGUAG